AUGGACUUCGUUGACGGUGUAAGCCUUGGCGAGAUUCUACGGGACCCGAAUGCCGAGCGUGCUACUAGAGUGACGAGGGAGGACAUCAGCGAUGAUGACAUUAAUGUUAUCUAUAGGCAGGUGGCCAAUUUUCAGCUCCAGCUUUUCAAGCUCGAUUUUGACUAUAUCGGUAGUCUGCCUAACCCUGAAGACCAAGGCUCUACUCCAGCAAGACCUCUAACAUUCAAAGUGCAUUGUAUACUACAAAAUGGGGGGGGGGUGGGCACUUUCGACUACGACAAUUGUCCGCAGCGCUCUUAUCGUCUGUGUUGCCUAAAUAUAUAUUUAAAAGACCGAGCACAGGGCUUUGCAAUAAUCAUUGAGUAUUUCCAAAACGUCGUCGGGCAACACCUGGAGCAGCUUUUCGGCUCGGCUCCGUGGCUUCUCCAAGAUCGGCCUGUUAACAGAACAUGGGACUACGACGAUACUAAUAAGUCACCCAAGAUUGCUGCUAGGUACUUCCGAUACCUGGAGAUUUUCAUGUGUGUCUUGCGGGAGGAAGAAGCAAAAAAUGCAAGAGCAUCAAGAAAGAGAACUCCUUUAAGUGAUAUCGUGUGUAGGUCACAUAUUAAUAAAUGGUAUACAGUGAUUCAGCAAUAA